GCGAAUUGCAGAAUGCGAGGUGAUGAGUAAAUAUUUAGCGCAGAUACUGUAGUUUUAAAGAACACUUGGAUCAGGAGAGUGAGUUCGGACGACAGCUGGACGAAGCUCUUCCCCUUUGAUUCCAGGAGACUUAAUCCCAAGACUGAGACACUGGAAAACAGUUUAUAUCAAAAAACGCCGAUUCCUUUCACAAAAUGGCGGUACUUACUUGCUGUGUCAUUAUUGCGACUCUUGUUAAAAGCCAAAUACUUGCAGGAAAUGCUUUGUCUAUAAGCCCAGAAGGGUCUUCGUUACUUCUACAAAAACCACCGGGACUGAAUAAUGUUCGGAACCCAUAUGACGUCAUAGCUAUUUCUCGGAGGCAGAUAGAGCAGAUCCCCGAAUAUUUAUCAGAUGAAUCAAAACCAGAACCUUCUUGUGCCCAACUACGUGUCAUGUGGAAUCAUAUGCGUCGAAUGGCCCGUCACAGGGAAAUAACCAAUGAAGUUCCAAUGUUUCCUCUCUCGUUUCCUAGAGGCCUCUUCAGUUACGUCUUGAGCCACCCAAGCUUUUCUGGGAACCAUGGUUUUCAGUUUCCUACUGGGCAGUUUUCUUCUCUGAAUGAGAACAAUUUAGGAGAAGUUUCCAGAGGUUCAGACAAAGGUCAGCAAGAAAACCAUUCAUCAGCAAAAGACAAAUCGCCCAGAACCUUUGAUGUUUCAAGUCACAACCACCACAACAAUAACCAGUUUUAUUUUGAUGACGAAACCGAAAAACACCACUCACGAGGUCAGAUCAACCCUGUGAAUCCUCUGGGUACAUUUGUUGGUGUUCCUCAUCUACAAAAAUCUUUAGGUGUAUUUGGGACCGUUCUUCAGAAACCACAGGAAAAGACACUUUUAGAAGAGCAAAAACAUCUAGGAAAACUAUCUAAACAGUUUCGUGGGAGCGGGGAAUUUGAGCCUUUACAAUUAAGCACAGAUGAUUUGGACAGUGGUUUCGGUACCUUUGGAGAUUUUACAUCUAACUUGGACCAAUCGAGUGAAAGCCAAAACAUUUAUAAUUUCGGAAGCGUGCUGGGUGACAGACCUCCUAUGAAACAGCAUAUUUCAUUUGUCUAUGAUCCUGAAGAGUCAAAGAAAGAGACUGGUAGUGAAGGGGAAUUCAGUGAUGCUGCAAACCUAAUGGAAUCAUGUAAUGCGGUGAAAGGUAACUUAUGCCGAACCGAUGACGACUGUUCCUGCUUCAACAAUGUUCUUCAAUGUGUAGCCGCCAGAUGUCAACUUCAGCAGCCUCAGGGGCAAGUUUUCACCGAUGACUGGGGAAUGUGGCACAGUGGACCGGUAGACUCCGUUAAUCUCGGAAUAUCGCGAAAGAAACGGGACAGUGCAAGAGUGGUUGCCAUGUAAAAUGAGGUCUAAUGAAAAAAUUGACUUGUAUUUUCUCUAUGUGUAUUGAGCAGAGUAUAUUCAAUUCCAUAUUAUCUUAGUUCUCAAAAUGGAUGAAGCACUAUUGCAUUUUGAUGUAUCUUGUAUAAUUGAGAGCUGACCACUGAGAUUCAGCCAAUAGGGUGGCCCCAUUUUAUCUAGUUGUAUACUGAAGAUUAAUUGUUGGAAUAAGAAUUAUUGUAUGGUGAUGAGUUUGCUAGUUUUGUUAUUUGCUUAAUAUGAAACAAAAACUUCUAACAAAUGCAUGACAUUCAACUAAUAAACAUGCGACAUCUUUGAAAACUGAAGAAUUCUUUCUGUUUGUCACAGUUUCGUGAUGUCCAUGCAGGAAUCCUCCUACUGUACGCACGUUCCUAGUUUGAAAUAACAUACAUGGUGUAGUUAGAGAAUUAUAUAUAUAUAUGGGUUCGGUCUCAGAUAUAUAAAAACUAGUUUGGUAAUGUUACAUAGCUGUAAUGAGAAAAUCCUGGAUAUAAAUUCGGUUUCACAAACAAUAAUGCUAGUUUGGUAUCUCUUGACACAGCUGUUAUUAGAAAACUGUGUGUAAGGAAUUCGGUUUUACAAACGUAAAACCUUCAGUUCUAUAGAUUGAGAAAAAUAUGCGUAACAUUACUACUAAAUUAUUUUUAAAAGGUCAGACCGUAACACACACACGAGUAACGGCCAUGAUAACAAGCCCUUACGGAUAAGUUUCUUAAAAAGCAAAACAAAUUGAUGUGAAUACCUAAGCAACCGAGAACGCAUGUGAAAAGUUUGCGUACUUUAAUUAUGUUACGUUAGGCCUGACAAACUGCAAAUAGCUCUGCUUUAGUUUAACUAUGUUAAGCUAGCACUGAUAACUACAAAUAUCAAGUUGGAUUUCACAAUAGUAGAUGAAAGGUAUCUAGUAACUAGCCGCUAUUUACUGAAUGUUAUCAUGAACAUUUGAUCAGAUAAUUUUUUUAAACUCAUGACUAUUAUAUCACAUCUAUUCUGAAACGUUGUUCGGUUUACUUUUAAAGACAAAAUUUAAUACCUUAAUAUUUUUUUUGUUGUUGUUGUUUGUUUUAGCGUAAAGCUCCACAAACGGCUAUUCUUGCUCUGUCCCCCGUGGGGAUUGAGCCCUGAACUUUGGCGUUAUAAGUCAUUGAGCUUGUCGCUGAACCACCAGCGAACACGAUUCAGUAUAUUUAACUAAAAUUACCGACUUCAAAACGUUUACAGGGUUACCAGAUAGUUUACGAAGGUCCACCAGAGCACUUUCGGUUGUUUAUCAUUUCAGUUUUGGUGCAAAAUAAAAGAGAUCGGGUCCUUUUGGUCUGUUCAUUUCUUUCAUUAUAUCAGGUUUUAUUCAAGACAAAAAAUUCAUCACCAUUGAUUGUAUACUUAUUCAGCCCAAUUUGCAAUAACUAUAUAAAUGACAUAACGAUUCAAACAUGAAUAGAAUAAACUCGCGAUCCGUAGCUCCUCCAAACCAGUCAGGUUGCUGAUUUUAAGUUGACUUGAAAACAGCAUCUUACAAGUGUAAAUGAUUUAAAAUUUUCUCUAGCCAUCCAUCGUGCGUCUUGCAUAUGUAUGGAGUUUAUUUUAGCCAGAUGUUCCUUCAUUUUCUCUCAUCACAAGUAAAUCCUAAAAAGUACCGUUUUAACCAAACGAAUUCGUAAAUAUAUAUAUAUAAUUUAUGAAAAUGGCUUCUUAGUACAAACUUAAAUCAUAGUUUUCAUAAACACGUUGAUUUACUCAGAUUUUUCAUAAUAUAUUGCGAAUUAUCAACCACAUAUACAAUACAGAUAAAACCAUUCGCAUGUGGCCUCCAUUAUUCUAGUAAAAAUGAAUAUGCUGAGCAAACAAUCAUUAAACACCUACACGUUUAGUUCGGUUUUUUCAGGUCAUGUUGACUUUUUCGUCUAAAAUUUGCUAUUUGAUCAUUCACUCAGCCAUUGAUAAUGCAGACUAUUGACCUUUUUCUCUAUUGAGCAGAUAAUUGACUUUAAUAACUCAUUUUGUUAAAUCGUAAAACUGAAUUUUCGUUAGCGAAAUAACUUCAUAGACUAUCCUUCCCAGUUAGAUGGAGGUUCUACUUGAUUGUUCCAACUAGUUACUCUUGUGUUUUACAUUUUGUUUUCUCACAUUCUCUAAGUUACAGAAGACAAAAAUGCAAAGUUUUGUUAUUAUUUUUUCUUUUAAAUGCAAAGCUGAACAAGAGAUUAUAAUUAUCUAAGUUGUGCUCACCAUAAGGAUAGGACCCCGAAUUUUAGCAUAAGUAGUGUCAUGGUUAACAAAAUUCUUUACAGCAGUGGAAUAAAACCCGAUCAUGAAAUAUAAUGAACACGAAUGUAACUAACAUAGUAUUAACUACUAUGGGUGGUUUGGAAUAAAUACAAAAAAUCCAAAUAAUAUGGUUUUCGUUUGAAUAAAAUCUCCAAAUUCAUGAAGUUUUCAGAUUUUCUGACUAAUUUUCUCACUGAAAGGUAAUUACACUUAAAAUACAAUUUCCGUUAAGCGUAUGAACUAUACACGAAGUAAGAAUUCACAAAAAAAAUAUUCGUUAAUUCAUAUCAUUAGAAACACUAACAUGAUAAAUAAAAUAUUGGGAAUU